AAAUAAUCAAGCAUCGCCAAAACUCAGAAACAAGGAAGCGAUAUCUUCCUUUUUACGUUAGUCAUUAACAGUUUUUCCUUUGUUUAUCUUGACCUUAUCCUCCCCAAAUGUAUAUUCCCUGCACUCCUUAAAAAGCUUAUAUAAAAUUAUUCUCAAUGGUGAAGUUGGCUAGAUGAAGGGGAGUGACUCCAGCGACGAAGAGCCUAGUGAGACAACUCGCCUCAUGGCUUCCCAACAACAGGACACGACAGUGGUAGAGACGCGGCCGGUCAGGGGUAGCAGCGAAGGAACCGAAGUAAGGGAACGCAGAUCAAAUCAACGAAGACCCAGUAGCUCGGGAACGGUGGAUGAAGAGGAGGAGGAGACUCUUCAAUAUGGCGCGAAACAUGUCAUCAUGUUGUUCGUACCUGUCACGUUGUGUAUGGUCGUUGUUGUGGCCACAGUCAGCUCAGUGUCCUUCUAUACGCAAAAAGGAGCUUAUCUUGUCUACACACCAUUCCAUGAUGCUGACUUGCCGGACACUGACACUGGAACAAAGGUCUGGCAGUCAUUGGCCAAUGCUGGUAUUCUAUUGGGGGUCGUCAUAGUGAUGACAAUCUUUCUGCUAGUCCUCUACAAAUACCGUUGCUACAAGGUAAUCCAUGGCUGGCUGAUCGUGUCAUCGCUCUUAUUGCUGUUCUUGUUCUCGUACCUGUAUCUGGGGGCUGUACUACAGGCCUACAAUGUCCCCAUGGACUACAUCACAGUGGCCCUUCUAAUGUGGAACUUCGGGGUUCUCGGCAUGAUGUGUAUACACUGGAAGGGGCCAUUACUCUUACAGCAGGGAUACCUGAUCACAAUAUGUGCGCUAAUGUCCCUUGUUUUCAUCAAGUACCUGCCAGACUGGACUCUCUGGGUUGUGCUUGCUGUUAUGGUGAUAUGGGAUUUAGUGGCAGUUUUGUGCCCAAAGGGCCCACUGAGAAUGCUGGUGGAAACUGCACAGGAACGAAGGGAGCCAAUCUUUCCCGCUCUCAUUUACUCAUCCACAAUAAUGUGGCAGACAGUGACAGCUGCAGAUGGGGAUAAACCAAAUGGGGAUAAACCAGAUGGGAAAAAGAAAACUCGUUCGUCCGAGGAUAACGACGCUGUGUUCGAAAACUCAGUUGACACUGAAGAAAAUAAUGGAGCAGAUGGCGACGAUGAUGGAUUCGCGAGCCCAACACGUGUACCCAGGACCCGCAAUCGUGAGGCCAUGUCCGCAAGCUUAGACUCUGCCCAUGCCCGUUCAGCCGUUAACGCGCUUGGAACAAAUGAGGGGAGGGGUCAGAGGACACGACCCCAGGUUGACGAUGGCGACGAAGAAGAACAAGAAGAGAGGGGUAUCAAACUGGGUCUUGGAGACUUUAUAUUCUACGGGGUUCUGGUUGGCAAGGCAUCGUCGUACGGUGAUUGGAACACAACACUGGCAUGCUUUGUUGCCAUUCUCAUUGGUCUCUGUUUCACGCUUCUGCUGCUGGCGAUAUUCAGGAAGGCCCUUCCUGCUCUUCCUAUCUCUAUCACAUUUGGCCUGGUGUUCAACUUCGCAACUAGUGAACUGGUUCAGCCCUUCAUGGACAAAUUGGCUGGCGACCAGAUUUAUCUAUGAGAUUGCCUGCGGUGAAUGGGAUCUUAAGCUGGACAAAAAUGAGCAGCGUUAAAGUGUUGAGUUGAGUUGAGUUGUGAUGGGAAAUAUAAAUUUGUCUCCACAUCAUCGAAAGUUCCAAAUACACGACAGUGCUUACUUAGGCCACAAUUUAUGAAUAGUUUGUUUGGUGUUUCCAAACUUACUCACAGGAAAAACUUUAGCCUACUUUUUUUUGGCUUCUCUUAUAUUUAAAAAUAAAUAAAUCAUGGAAUUAAGGGGAUAGGAAAUGACAGGAGCCACAAAAAAACUUCCUACCUACCCACACCUGAAAACAGGGGUAGGGGAACGGGAAACAAUCUAUGGUAUAUAUUGUUGCCUUAAUUUGUAGUUAUUAAAUGUGUGUGAUGUUACACAGAAUAAUGUGAUUUGGCGCUCCUUCAACUUGGAUAGGACAUACAAGUGUGACUGACUUUAUUUCUAUAAAUAUGACAGUGCAAUGUUUUGAAUAUGAAUAUGCUAACUGUUGCCAUGGAUACGCCUAAAUUUUUAUUUUAAUCUACACUUUUGAAAAUGUAUGAUUAUGCAUUGAGACUUGUUAAGCAAGCUGGUAUAUUGGUGAAUUAUUUAAUGAUUUUUUAUUGUACCUAUUUUGUAAUUGCUUCUUCAAAGCGUCAUAAUAUACAAUAGGGCCCAUUGUUCAGAACUUAGUUAAAGUUAACAACGUUGUUAACUUCAUUGUUUUUUACUUUCAAAUUGGUACUUCUCCGGAAGUUUAAUAGUUACACUUGUGAUAUGCUGUUAAUUAAGGAGGAAUUAAAAGAACUGUUUUAGCUGUACUUUAUACUAACAGUUUUGAGCUCAACAUAAAAGAAUCAUGUUUAAAAGUUAACAAAAACAUCCCUGAACAAUUGACCUAUUGUGUGUAUAAUUAUACAUAUAUGUAUUUGAUCAUAUUUUUAUCAAUGAACGUCUAACAGAAAAAAGCAUCCCAGGUUAAAUGAAUGUCUAACAAAAAAAAGCAUCCCAGGUUAAAUUUCAAAUAAAAAAACUUGAUUUUUGGGACCAUUUUCUCCAUGCAUGUAUUGUAUUAUCACUUUUUUUAAAUCAUUAUUUCCGCUUAACGUUAUGGAAGUUUAUUUUUGAUGUUUGACUUUUUUAACAUGAAAUUGAGUCCCUUAAGGAUAAAAAAAUUGUGGUCAAUCAUGAAUUCCAUUCCAUGACAGUUUGUCACUUAUACAAUUCAAAACCUAAUAAAAAGGGAAAAAUAAA